ACUCCAGAGAUCGGGAAAGUGAUCGAGAAGCUCCUUUCAAAGGCUGGCUCGCACAAGCCCCGUCCGCAACCUCAACAAAACAGCGAGAAGAGCAAAAAAAAAACAAGAACAAAGAACUGCAGAGAACGCACACCGCACAUAGAUCCUCCUCACAGCCUCCAGCAUGGCCACCAUCACCUGUACACGCUUCACCGAUGAAUACCAGCUAUUCGAGGAGCUGGGCAAGGGAGCCUUUUCAGUGGUGCGCAGGUGUAUGAAGGUGAUGUCAGGACAGGAGUAUGCUGCCAAGAUCAUCAACACCAAGAAGCUUUCUGCCAGGGAUCACCAGAAGCUGGAGAGAGAGGCGAGGAUCUGCAGGCUACUGAAGCAUCACAACAUCGUGAGGCUCCAUGACAGCAUCUCUGAGGAAGGACACCACUACCUUAUCUUCGACCUGGUGACAGGGGGAGAGCUAUUUGAGGAUAUUGUGGCCAGAGAGUACUACAGUGAGGCAGACGCCAGCCACUGUAUCCAGCAGAUUCUGGAGGCUGUUCUCCACUGCCAUCAGAUGGGUGUGGUCCACAGAGAUCUCAAGCCCGAGAACCUGCUACUGGCUUCUAAGUCCAAGGGGGCUGCGGUCAAGCUGGCAGACUUCGGCCUGGCCAUCGAGGUUGAAGGGGACCAACAAGCGUGGUUUGGCUUCGCUGGCACGCCGGGCUACCUUUCCCCCGAAGUCUUACGCAAGGAUCCGUAUGGCAAAGCUGUGGAUCUGUGGGCAUGUGGUGUUAUACUGUACAUCCUGCUGGUGGGAUACCCGCCAUUCUGGGAUGAGGACCAGCACAGGCUGUACCAGCAGAUCAAGGCCGGGGCCUAUGAUUUUCCCUCCCCUGAGUGGGACACAGUCACACCUGAAGCCAAGGACCUCAUCAACAAGAUGCUGACCAUCAACCCGGCGAAGCGCAUCACUGCCUCAGAGGCCCUCAAACACCCCUGGAUUUCGCACCGCUCCACUGUGGCGUCCUGCAUGCACAGACAGGAGACCGUGGAGUGCCUGAAGAAGUUCAACGCUAGGAGGAAACUGAAGGGUGCCAUUCUCACCACUAUGCUGGCAACACGGAAUUUUUCAGGAGCGAAAAGCGUGGCCAACAAGAAGAGCGAUGGCGUGAAGAAAAGGAAGUCCAGUUCCAGUGUCCAGCUGAUGGAAUCAUCGGAAAGCACGAACACGACCAUCGAGGACGAGGACACCAGAGUGAGGAAACAAGAGAUCAUUAAGGUGACAGAACAGCUUAUCGAGGCCAUCAGCAAUGGAGACUUUGAGAGCUACACAAAGAUGUGUGAUCCCAGCGUGACGGCAUUUGAACCCGAGGCCCUGGGCAACCUGGUGGAGGGGCUGGACUUCCAUCGAUUUUACUUUGAGAACCUGUGGUCGAAGAACAGCAAGCCAGUCCACACCACCAUCCUGAACCCCCACAUCCACCUGAUCGGGGAGGAAGCGGCCUGCAUUGCCUACAUCCGCAUCACCCAGUACAUCGACACCAACGGCAUGCCGCGCACCGCCCAGUCCGAGGAGUCCCGCGUCUGGCACCGGCGCGACGGCAAGUGGCAGAUAGUGCACUUCCACCGCUCUGGGGCACCCUCCGCCAUCGCCAAGUAGCUC